AUGGCCGUCACACAUACCACUGUUAUGUCCGAUCACAACACGAAUCCCAUAAUCAAGCUCGGUGGGGAUAUCAACCCCGAUUCGCCUCCCGCCGCCGUGUUCGACAUUUCACCCGAGACUGCAUUACACCUCCUAUGCACGAAUGUUGAACGCUUAGCCGCGUUGGUUGCGACGCCCGGGGCGGACGAGCUGAAUUGCCCCGGCUCCGCUGUGUCAGAGUGCGAGGAUUUAAGCCAGGAUGGUGCACGGGAGAUAGAGACCGUGGGCCUGCAUGUCAAGAGCGAGGGCGACGUGGUGGAUCCCGCACGGGCGACAGCCGAGGCUAUCCAGAUGACAAUUCUGUCAAAGAAGUUCCUGUCCAAGAAGGUCCCGCCUAUCUCGCUGCAGGAUUAUCUGCUCCGUUUGCACAAGUUCUGUCCCAUGUCGACGGCGGUGUAUCUCGCGGCGAGUGUCUACAUAUCAAAAAUGACCCUGGUCGAGAAUGUCCUCCGGGUGCUGCCCAAAAAUAUGCAUCGGCUCGUUCUGGCGGGUGUCUGGGUCGCGAGCAAGGCGCUAGAAGACCUCAGUUAUGCGCAUAGCCGGGUGGCGAAAGUCGGGGGUGUCAGUGAGCUCGAGUUGUCGAAGCUGGAGAUCAGUUUCUGCUUCCUCGUCGAUUUCGAGCUCCGAGUCGAUGUUCGCAUGCUGAUGGAUGAAGCGCUGCGUCCCCAGGCUGACAUAGCAUGA